GACCUUAUCCUUCGGUGCCCCUACCACAAACCCAAACUUGCCGUCGUCGCGUCGCCUUGCGCUCCACCAAGACAAACCCAACACACGGCGCCGCCCCACUGCGUGUACGUCUGCGUCCGCAUAUAUUUGUGGCGGCGGCGAACACGCGUUAUCUACCGAGCUACGACGGCGGGCGACAUGAGUCCGGCCGUGGCGGCGCUCCUGGUGGUGGCGGUACUGGCCGCGAGCGCCAACAUGUGCGCGGCGCAGCUCCGGCGGGACCAUUAUGCCGGCGUGUGCCCCGACGUCGAAGCCAUCGUCCGGGGCGCCGUCGCCAAGAAGUUCCAGCAGACCUUCAUCACCGUGGGCGCCACCGUGCACCUCUUCUUCCACGACUGCUUCGUCGAGGGGUGCGACGCGUCGGUGCUGAUCGCGUCCACGGCCAACAACACGGCGGAGAAGGACAGCACUGCCAACCUGUCGCUGGCCGGCGACGGCUUCGACACGGUGAUCAAGGCCAAGGCGGCCGUCGACGCCGUGCCACGGUGCCGGAACCGGGUCUCCUGCGCCGACAUACUAGUCAUGGCCACCAGGGACGCCAUUGCACUGGCUGGCGGGCCGUCGUACGCGGUGGAGCUGGGGCGGCUGGACGGGCUGAGCUCGACGGCGAGCAGCGUCCCCGGCAAGCUGGCCCCGCCGACGUCCAGCCUCGAUCAGCUCACGGCGCUCUUCGCCACCAACGGGCUCUCUCAGACCGACAUGAUCGCCCUCUCCGGAGGGCACACGGUGGGGCUGGCUCACUGCAGCACCUUCGCCGGGCGGCUGCGGCCGACAGCCGACCCGACGCUGAGCCCGCGGUUCGCAGCCCAGCUGCAGGCGUGGUGCCCACCCAACGUGGACCCACGGACCGCCGUGCCCAUGGAUACCGUGACGCCGCGGGCAUUCGACAACCAGUACUUCAAGAAUCUUCAAGGUGGAAUGGGCCUACUGAGCUCCGACCAGCUGCUGUUCACCGACCCGAGGUCUAGGCCCACCGUCGACGCAUGGGCCCGGAGCGGUGCCGCGUUCGACCGGGCCUUCGUGGCGGCCAUAACAAAGCUGGGCCGCGUGGGAGUAAAGACCGAUGCGUCCCAGGGGAACAUACGCCACAACUGUGCAGCGUUCAACUGAAUUCAGCUAGCACUCAAAAAAAAAAAAAAAACUGAAUUCAGCUGCUAUUGCUCUGCUAUUGUCCACAAAAGAAUGAGUAGUAUAUAUCAAAAUUGUUGUUCAAGGGAAAUUUAUCCUAAUUGUUUGUGAUGGUGCCCGUUCAGUUGGUAAUCGACAGGUUGUUCUUAUAAUGGUUCAGUUUGGGAUA